UGGAAUGGUGCGGAAUGGUGUGGAACUUAUGCCAAUCUCAAUUUUGGUCUUUAUUCUAAACCAGAAGAUUGAUAUCGCAAGAUGUUGAAGGAAUAUUAUCAAUAGUGUAUAAACUGCUUUAUACUGAGCCACUCCUAGGAUAAACCCAAAGUCCGGAACGGGGACUUAUCUCUGGCAUAUAAAAGGAACUGUCACGGGUCAACAUGACUACAGUGCACCAGGUAUUGCUACCAGGGGAGGCAGAUGGCGGGGAUUCACCACGUCUCUCGAUAACAGACGACACUUAUCACCUCUUAGCGAACACUAGCAGACGACAUACUCUAGUGGGUGCAAACAACGAAUCCGCUAUGCCGCGUACGGAGAACAUCGAGGAGCGGUGCGUUGUUACGAACGAAAUAAACACGCAGAAAUCUGAGGAAAGUUCACCGCGGGAACAGACGGCAGAAACAUCGUCGCAGCAAGCUCAAUCUUCGCCAGACGGUAUAAUAGGCACCGAUAGGAACGCGAACAUGCACCGGACGACCACGGCAGGAACGAAGACGAGGAUCCCGUCGGAAACGGGUUCCGAGUCAUUCCACAACAGCCGGCAUAAUGGAAUCAGACUUGAUAUAAAAUCGAACUGCGACGAAAAGCCGAUUUUAGCCGAAGCGGAUUAUAAGGAUUCAAAGACAAGAAAGAAUUCGCCCUUGAUUGGGAGUAACAUUGCAAGGACCGUUGGUAAGCUGGCAGCCUGUUUUCUGUGUGGAAUAAUCUUCGGAAUAGCAGCAGAAAAGGGAAGAGUUUUCGAGACGGCCACCAUCAGGGGGCAAUUCAUCUAUCAGCGAUGGAUCAUGAUGAAGAUGUUUCUCUCCGCUGCCGCCACCAGCUGCUUCUGUCUCGCUCUCCUCUCCGUCAUCCCCCUCACAAAGAACGUCUUCGAGUCCUCGAGAACGGCCUAUGUCGCCGGCCUCACACAUAAGGGCAUCAUUUCCGUCACCAUCGGCGGGGCCAUCCUCGGGGCAGCAAUGGUGCUCUCCGGGUCGUGCCCAGGAAUGGUGUUGGUUCAGAUCGGAGCAUGGCUGUCGAAUGGAGGAGGAGCGAUGACGUUCUUUGGAUGCAUGGUCGGGGUGUACCUGUACGCUCUGGUUGAACCCUGGACAAGGAAGAUGAUGUCGCCCACGAAGCCCUAUGACAAGUACUUAGCAGACAGCUACACCGAAAAGUGGAAGGUGCCGUUUUUUGCUAUCGCUCUUGCCGCUGGGGUCUUGAUGGGUCUGGCAGUUGUAACCAUCGAGAUACUAGUACCAUGGACAACAGAUCUUUUAAAUCCAAACGUAGAAGGUUCGUGGUUUUUUGAGACGCUGGCCUGGCCCCCAUAUGUUUCCGGGGUGAUGAUUGGUUGCCUUCAGAUUCCAUUGGUAUUAAUAGUGAGUGAUACCAUAGGAGGUAGCAGUAGUUUCUGUACGCUAGGUGCCCAGGCCCUCGUCACCGAACGCAUGGAAUCGUGGUCACCAUACCUGGCUAAAUUCAAGAGGGGGGCUGAAAAUUGGUGGCAGGUGUUUUAUGUGAUAGGGGCUAUCGCUGGUGCUUGCAUCUCCGCUGCAGCUUCAGGCAGCCUAGGCAGCACGCCUGGUGUUAGUCUCAUGUCAUCGUUUCUUGGCGGAGUACUGCUCAUCUUCGGCUCCAGGCUUGCAGGGGGAUGUACCAGCGGACACGGGCUCUCAGGCAUGGGUGUUCUCUCCGUGCUGUCUUUCGUCACGGUCGCCGCCAUGUUUGCUGGGGGUACCGCCUUUGGUUUCAUAUUCUGGGCAGUCAGCAACGCUAGCAAGUGGGAUUACUACACCUUCUAAAGCCAUACGAAGUGUCUCCAUUUGUUUCACCUGAUAUGCCGCCAUUCUAGUCUGCCUAUAAAAAAAAAAAA